CACAACAAUUCCUUUCUUCUCUCUCUCUUUCUUGAACAAUCAAUGCUACCAAAAUGUUCCCUAUAACAUAUCCAAAAUCUCCAAAGGGUAUAUCCUCUUGCACGUCACAUUAGAUUAACUGUUCCUCCCAUUCUCAUCAAUUUCUCACUCUUCUCAUCUAUUAACUUGUCAUGUCAUUCUGAUCAUUUUUCUGUCGCCAAAAGUAGCACAAACAACUGUUUCUUACCAUGACCGGAAAGCUAACUGAAUUCAUGUGGCCAGCAUUAGUCGCUAAUAAGAUACUCAACAAGCGUGUGGGAAGCAGCAAUUUUAUAGCAGAUUAUCCAAGUAACACAGAACCCCUGUUGGCUCAUGUUCACUCAUCACUCAGACCCAGAACAAUUCUUAUUGAUCAAAAAGAUACACAAAAGUACAAGAUUUUUGUGAGCACAUGGAACGUAGGUGGGGUUGCCCCAGAUGAAGGAGUGAACAUGGAGGAUUUGUUGGAGACAUGCAACAAGUCCUGUGACAUCUAUGUACUAGGGUUUCAAGAAAUUGUGCCUCUGAAAGCAUCCAAUGUGUUGGGGUAUGAAAACAGUAAGAUCUGUACAAAGUGGAACUCCAUGAUCAGAGAAGCCCUGAACAAGACCACACAUGACAGGGAUUUAAAAGAUGAAAAGAAAAAGAAUUGCUGCAAAAAGGAAGAAAAUGAUAAUCCAGGUCCACAAGAUUUUCAAUGUAUCAUUAGCAAGCAAAUGGUUGGUAUAAUGAUAUCUGUAUGGGCUAAGAGACACCUUCGUCCAUUCAUUCAACAUCUAAGUGUCUCAUGUGUCGGAUGUGGCAUCAUGGGCUGCUUAGGGAACAAGGGUUCUGUGUCUGUGAGAUUUGUGUUACAUGAAACAAGCUUUUGCUUUGUGUGUGGUCACCUAGCUUCUGGGGGGAGAGAGGGAGAUGAGAGGCACAGAAACUCUGAUGUUUCUGAAAUAUUUUCAAGGACAAGCUUUCCUAAAGGUCCUUUGCUUGAUUUGCCAAGAAAGAUUCUUGAUCAUAACCACAUAAUACUGCUGGGAGAUUUAAACUACAGAAUUUCUCUACCAGAAGAAACAACACGCUUACUUGUUGAAAAUGAAGACUGGGACUCCCUACUAGAACAUGAUCAGCUAAUGAUGGAAGUGAUGAGUGGAAACAUGUUGAAAGGAUGGCAUGAAGGAACAAUCAAAUUUGCCCCAACCUACAAGUAUUGCCCAAAUUCUGACAUGUACUAUGGAUGUUGUUAUCACUGCAAAAAAGCAACAAAGAAACGAGCACCAGCAUGGUGUGACAGAAUUAUAUGGCUAGGAAAAGGUUUAAAGCAAAUUGAGUACAGUCGAAGUGAGUCAAAACUAUCAGAUCACAGGCCUGUGAGGGCAUUGUUUAUGGCAGAAGUGAGGGUUUCAGCAGCACUGAAAAGAUUUGAAAGCUUGUUUCUGUCAGAGAGAUUUGAACAAAUUAAGACUCACUUUGAUGAAGUUUCCCACACUGAUGAUGAGUUUGUACCUAAAAAGCAACCAAGUUUUCGGUUGUAAUGUAUAAUGAUUAGUAUAAUUAGUGUUGUUAUGUACAUCCAUGCAUACAUGUUUAUGUUUGAAACUGUAGUUAAAGAAGAAAUUGAGAAGGGAAUUAAUUAGAUGUGAUGAAGGAAAUUAAUAUAGUUAAAGAUGAUGUAGCUAGUUUUUUAAAUUAUCCUGCAGAAGGUGGAAAUAUGUCAUGCAACAU